GAAGAUCAGCAAGGAGAACCUGUUGGCACAUCCACAACAGACACCACUGCAAAAGCUCCAGCGAGGACCCAGAACAGUGGCAAUGUUGAGGCCGAGCAGAGGGGUGAGGAGGCAUCUAUGACAAACGCAGAGGACCGAGUUGAAGGCCAAGGUGAACAACAGGCUCCUGCAGGAGAAGAAGAAGCCCCUCAAGCCCCUCAAGCAGAACCAGAAGUAGCAGACCAGGUAGAGAGCGAUUUGGAGUACGCUGACGAGGAGGAACCAGGUGUGGCAGACCACAGUGACGACCAAGUUGUGCAGGAAGCAGAACGGUUUGUGACGAGACUGAACGC